AGCCUUUUCAGCUUGGCUUCACAGCCAGCUGCUCUCUUCACUAUUAUGGGGAAAAGUUGGCAACCUGGAAAAAAGGUCGUCUUCCUCCUCCUCCUUCUGUCUCUCCUUCCUGGGAACACCGAAGCUGUUCCUAUCACCAAACUGCAAUAUGUAGUGCUGGCGCCCAGUACGAUCCAGAUGGACACUUUUGAGAAGUUCUGUGUCCAGAUGAACCAUCUGACGGAAAUAAUGACCUUGACCAUUUCUCUGGAAUACGGGAUCCAGAUCUGGAGCCUGCACCAAGAAAUGGUGACUGAGAAAGAUGUAUUUCGAUGUCUUCGUCUCCAGAUUCCCAGGUGGAACGUUUUACCCCCAUCAGAAGCCAUUCUCACUGUGAUGGCAAGAGGGGUGACCCAGGGUUUCUGGAGCCGGAAGAAUGUGCAGAUUAAGAAGCCAGAAAAUCUGCUCUUUGUCCAGACGGACAAACUAAUCUACAGACCAGAACAACAAGUUCGGUUUCGCAUCGUCUCUAUGGAUGAAAGUUUCCAUCCCAUGAAGGAGAAGUUUCCAGUUGUUUACAUCCAGGACCCCAGAAACAACCGGGUGUUCCAGUGGAGAGAUGUGGAGGUUCCGAUGGGCAUAAUCCAGCUUUCCUAUCCUCUGUCUUCUGAUCCCCUCUUGGGCACCUACCAAGUAGUGGUAGAGAAAGACUCAAAGAAAGUUGCUGAAUACAGCUUCGAUGUGGACGAGUAUGUGUUGCCCAAAUUUGAGGUUUUGGUGAAGGCCCCCAAGGUCAUCACGGUUCUAGCUAAGGAGGUAGAAGUCAGCGUGUGUGGCAGGUACACCUAUGGGAAACCUGUGCCUGGCCUGGUGAAGAUGAGCCUCUGCCGGCAACAGUCUGAAUUUGAUUUGCGGUGUAUUAGGAGUAAAAGUCUGUGUAAAGAAUUUGACGGUGAGGCAGAUGGGAACGGCUGUUUCUCCAAGAAGGUGGACACUGAGGGGUUCCACCUGAUGUGGCUCGGCUAUCUGAUGGACAUAGUUGUAGAAGGCAAGAUCACAGAGGAAGGCACAGGCGUGGAGUUGAGCGGCACAGAAUCCAUUGAGGUCACACCUACAAUGAGCAAGAUUACCUUUGAAAAUGCAGACCAUUACUACAAACCCGGGAUUCCCUACGUUGUGAAGGUGAAGCUGGUAGACAGCACCGAAUUGCCAAUCAGCAAUGAAACAGUGCAGGUUUUGGAAACAUCAAGGAAUCAGCAGAUGAUGAGUCAAGUGACGGAUGGCCAGGGGCGAGCUCAAUUUUCCAUAGACACCACUGAUUUCAGAGAUGGUGUUUUGAAUCUUCAGGCUACAUCUAAAGAUAAUUCUUUUUGUGGCAUUCAUUGGGUUACACCCUAUCACAGUAUGGCGCAUCACAGCGCGUACCUGUUUUACUCUCCAAGCAAAAGUUAUCUACAUAUUGAGCCUGCGUCGGAAACGUUAAGCUGCGGCCACCGUGAGCCGGUACGGGUGCGUUACAUCCUUAACCGAGGUGACGCGAAGGAGGAUGAGAUUGUCUUCUAUUACGUGGUGAUGGCUAAGGGGGACAUCAUACGAGCAGGGACACACACGCAGCCAGCGGAGCAGGGAAAAGAAGCCAAAGGGGCCUUCCUUUUGAAUCUCUCGGUGGAUGCCGAUACCACUCCCCUGACUCGCUUGCUCCUCUACACCAUUUUGCCCAGUGAAGAGCUCGUUGCUGACUCGAGAGACUUCCCCGUAGAAAAGUGCUUCUCCAACAAGGUGAGACUGUGGUUCUCAGAUCAAGAAGGCCUCCCUGGCCAGAAAACCCAACUCCGUCUUGCAGCCUCCUCCGGUUCUCUCUGCGCCAUCCAUGCCAUUGACCAGAGCAUCUUUCUCUUGAAACCUGAAGCUGAGCUCUCCCCUGAGAUGAUUUACAAUUUCCUGCUCAAGAAGGACCUCUUCUUCUCUGAUGACCUCAUUUUGGAUGAAGCAAAUUUUCAUCCCUGCACAGAAGAAGGAACAUUCAGGCCCGGCAUCUUUGGCUACUACCCAGAGCCUUUCUUUUCUCAGGAUGGUGAUUCUUACAAAAUAUUCAGGGACUUUGGCUUGAAAAUUUUUACAAACACCAAGCUACACAAGCAUGUCACCUGCUCCAGAGGACCCAACCUCUAUCCCGGGAUGGUUCCAGGGAUGGUUCCAGGGAUGGCUCCAGGGGUAGCCGCCAGAAUUUCUGCACCAUCUGGAGUUGGUGGAAUUUCCCUACCAACCAGAGCGUUCCAGUCUGGUGCAAAUCUGCCAUUUGCUUCCCGGGGAAUUAAUCCUGUGGCUGUCCCUGGGGUUGGUCUUGGUCUUGGUGCCAUUGGGGUUUCUCCCAUUCCCCAGGCUGUGGUUGUCCACAAAAAGGCACCCCGGCGCUUCUUUCCUGAAACAUGGAUCUGGAGCUUGAUUAUCAUAAACAGUUCUGAAGAAAAUGGGCAUUCCCAGCUCCAUCAGUCCAGCGAUGUAUCCAAAGAACCCAAAGAGGUGGCUGUUCCUGUGACUGUCCCAGACACCAUCACCGAAUGGAAAGCUGGAGCUUUCUGUCUGUCGGCAGACACAGGCUUUGGCCUGGCCCAGCCCACUUCUCUGAAGGCCUUCCAGCCGUUCUUCGUUGAACUCACCUUGCCAUACUCCGUGGUGCAAGGGGAAGCCUUCCCACUCAAAGCCACCGUCUUCUCCUACCUGACGCACUGCAUCCGGGUCACAAUAUCUCUGGCUCCUUCUGCUGACUUUGGGGCAUCCCCUGUGGAGAAGGAGGAGAAUUCCUACUGUAUCUGUGCAAAUGGAAGGAAAACAGUGUCAUGGAUGGUAACCCCUAAAUUUAUAGGAGAGAUGAACCUCACAGCAAGUGCAGAGGCCUUGAGCUCAGAUCAGCUCUGUGGGAAUGAAAUAGUGGAGGUGCCCACCAUAGGAAGCAAGGACGUCGUGAUCAGAUCACUAUUAGUUGAGCCCGAAGGGAUUGAGAAAGAAGUGGUCUUCAACUCUCUUCUCUGUGCACAUGGAAAAUUUGAGAACAAAUCAUUCCCCCUGAAUUUACCGGAUAAUGUAGUGGAAGGUUCAGCCAGGGCCUCCUUUUGCGUGCUGGGAGACAUUCUAGGGGGAGCGAUAAAGAACCUCCAUCAGCUUCUCAAGAUGCCCUAUGGCUGUGGAGAACAGAACAUGGCUCUCUUUGCCCCCAAUAUCUACGUCCUGAAUUAUCUCAAUAAGACUGGACAACUGACCGAGGAGAUCAAAUCCAAGGCCAUCGGAUACUUAGUGGCUGGCUAUCAGAGGCAACUGAAGUACAAACAUUCUGAUGGUUCCUACAGCACCUUUGGAGAAAACUCACAGGAAGGGAACACCUGGCUGACAGCUUUCGUGCUGAAGACUCUGGCCCAGGCGAGACCCUUCAUCUUCGUGGAUGGCAAACACAUCACUGAUGCUCAGAAGUCGCUGGCUGCCAGGCAGAGGGAGAAUGGAUGCUUUCAGAGCACGGGGUCUUUUUUGAACAAUGCCUUCAAGUGGGGAGCUGAUGACCAGAUCACUCUUUCGGCUUACAUCACCAUUGCUUUGCUGGAAGUGCCACUGCCUCUCACGCUCUUCUUGGUGCAAAGUGCUUUGUUCUGCCUGGAGACGGCGGCCCAGGAGAAAGAGAUCCACAUUUAUACCCGGGCUUUGAUGGCAUAUGCCUUUGCUCUGGCAGGGAAAGAGGAGAAGAGGCGAGAAAUGUUGGACUUCCUUUUAAAAGUAGCUGUGAAGGAAGAGGAUGGCUCCAUCCACUGGGAGAGGCCUGAGAAGCUAGAGGAGAGGUCCAUUUUUCGAGUCCUCUUCUCCCGUGCUCCCUCUGCUGAGGUAGAGAUGACUUCCUACGUGCUCCUUGCUUGCCUGAACAAAAAACCAUCCCCAUCCCAGGAAGAAUUAACGACAGCAGCUUUGAUUGUCAGAUGGUUGAUUAAGCAACAGAAUCCCAGUGGAGGAUUCUCUUCUACCCAGGACACGGUGGUGGCUCUCCAGGCCCUCUGCCAGUACAGGAUAGCCACUUAUUCCAAGGAUGGAGUUGACGCCAGAGUGGCCUUGAGUUCUGGAGGUGCCACCCUGACGGAAUUCCACGUAGACAGCACCAACUCUCUGCUGCUCCAGUGCCAGGAUCUGCCCCAAGUGCCAGGGGACUACAAGGCUGAGGUGACCGGUUGCAUCUUUAUGCAGACCACCUUGAAAUACAAUGUGCCUUCUCAGCAAGAAGAUGCACCAUUUAAGCUGGAUGUGUGGACAGUUCCUGAGACAUGCGCUGGACACAAAGCCCACAUUACUUUUGGCAUUGCUAUGAAUGUCAGUUACACUGGCCGACGCUCCGUCUCCAACAUGGCAAUUAUCGAGAUUAAGAUGCUGUCUGGAUACAUCCCAGUGAAAUCCAGUGUAAAAAAGCUAGAAAAGCAAAAUCAGAUCAAGAGGACUGAAGUGACCAUCAAUCAUGUCCUGCUAUACUUGGAGGAGGUAAGCAACACAACGCAGACUUACUCCUUCACAGUGGAGCAGGAGACACCCAUCCGGGGCCUGAAGCCUGCCUUGGUGAACGUCUACGAUUACUAUGAAACUGAUGAAUUUGCUAUGGCCGAGUACAGCGCCCCCUGCAGUACAGAUGAUAUCAAGGAAAUCUAUACAGCAUAACGACUCAGCCAGUGCUUUCUGAAAUAGCAUGUGCUCAGAAAGAACAACAAAGCCAGCUUCCUGGAAGCUAAAGAGGAACAUGACUUUCAGGAUCAAUGCGGCCCCCUUGCUUUUCUUCCCACAACUGUGUACCUUGUUCAUUCUUUCCCAAAAGAGACUCAAGCAUGUGUUUCCACCAGUCCUGGCAGCAGUCCAAGUGGCAUGCUGCAGCGCUGAAAACUUUGCCUUUUCAAUUUUUUUUCCUGAGGCCGGGAGCAAAUAGAUCCUUUCUUACCUAAAAAUAAAAAAGUAGUUUUCUGUUCAA